AUGAACAGGACGACUCGUCGCCUGUGUUCUUGCGCCUGCAGCGAAUCCAAGGGUCCACAUGAGGGGUCACGGCGGGGGUACGAGGUUGAGCUGGAUGGAUUUGAGGAGGAUCUCAUGCUGGCACAAACCCUGCAAACCUCUCAAUCUUCAAACGCAGCAUCCUCGCCGGUACGAUGUGUGAGUGAUGAGUUCCAGCCCUCUGUGGGAACGCACAGCCUCGUCAGGUUUGGCAGUUCUGACGAUGGGGAUGACACAUGUCUCUCGCAGCCUCAGAAUACAGACGAGUGGUCCAUGGAGGAUGCUGCCACCCCUCCCCCCAGCGAGGGCUGCACAACUGCGACUAGUGGAAAUGAAAUCAGACUGGUGAAUGGCAAUAACUCUUGUUCUGGGAGAGUGGAGGUUCUCCAUAAUGGAAUAUGGGGAACUGUGUGUGAUGAUUACUGGGAUCUAUCAGAUGCUGCAGUGGUGUGUAGAGAGAUGGGCUGUGGAGAUGUUAUAGAGGCAAAGUCAGUUGCUUAUUUUGGACAAGGAACAGGACAAAUAUGGAUGGAUAAUGUCAACUGUUUAGGAACUGAGUCAGCUCUAAAGAGCUGCACAUUUAAUGGAUGGGGAAUACACAACUGUUAUCAUUAUGAGGACGCUGGGGUGAUCUGUCAAUCCCUGGUUAGGUUGGUAAAUGGAAUCAACACUUGUUCUGGACGAUUGGAGUUUCUCUAUAAUGGAACAUGGGGAACAGUGUGUGAUGAUUCUUGGGAUCUAUCAGAUGCUGCAGUGGUGUGUAGAGAGAUGGGCUGUGGAGAUGUUAUAGAGGCAAAGUCAGUUGCUUAUUUUGGACAAGGAACAGGACAAAUAUGGAUGGAUAAUGUCAACUGUUUAGGGACUGAGUCAACUCUAAAGAGCUGCACAUUUAAUGGAUGGGGAAUGCACGACUGUGUUCAUUCUGAGGAUGCUGGGGUGAUCUGUCAAUGUGAACUAUUCCAAAAACAACCAAUAACCCUUCAACAUUCUUUUGUCUUUAUAUUUUUAAUGUGGAAAAUAGCUGUCAAGUUGGUGAAUGGUGACAACAUUUGUUCUGGACGAGUGGAGGUUCUUCAUGAUGGUCAGUGGGGAACAGUGUGUGAUGACGGCUGGGACCUAUCAGAUGCUGCAGUGGUGUGUAGAGAGAUGGGCUGUGGAGAUGUUAUAGAGGCAAAGAGCAGUGCAUAUUUUGGACAAGGUUCAGGAUCCAUAUGGUUGGACGAUGUACAAUGUACAGGGAGUGAAUCUACACUGAAAAACUGUUCAUCAAUGGGAUGGGGUGUACACAACUGUGGGCAUCAACAAGAUGCUGGAGUCAUCUGCCAAUCCUAUGUGAGGUUAACAAAUGGCAGCGACUCUUGUUCUGGGAGAGUGGAGGUUCUUCAUGAUGGUCAGUGGGGAACAGUGUGUGAUGAUUACUGGGAUCUAUCAGAUGCUGCAGUGGUGUGUAGAGAGAUGGGCUGUGGAGAUGUUAUAGAGGCAAAGACGGGUGCUUAUUUUGGACAAGGCUCAGGACCAAUAUGGAUGCAAAACAUAAAUUGUUGCAGGAAUGAGUCUGCACUGAAGAACUGCAUUUUUACUAGUUGGGGAGCACCCACAUGUGGGCAUGAAAAAGAUGCUGGUGUUAUUUGUGGAGGUGUAGUACGACUGUCAAAUAGUAACAGCUCUUGCUCUGGAAGAGUGGAGGUUCUUCAUAAUGGCAUUUGGGGAACAGUGUGUGAUGAUAACUGGGAUCUAUCAGAUGCUGCAGUGGUGUGUAGAGAGAUGGGAUGUGGAGAUGUUAUAGAGGCAAAGACUGGUGCUUAUUUUGGACAGGGACCAGGACCAAAAUGGAUGAGUAAUGUGAAUUGUAAUGGAACAGAGUCUACACUGAAAAACUGUGUAAUAAGUACAAGGGUACAACAGAACUGUAGCCAUGAAAAAGAUGCUGGCGUUACAUGUGGAGGCAAGAUUCGAUUGCUGAAUGGUGAUGACUAUUGUUCUGGGAGAGUGGAGAUUCUUCAUAAUGGUCAGUGGGGAACAGUGUGUGAUAAUGGCUGGGAUCUAUCAGACGCUGCAGUGGUGUGUAGAGAGAUGAGUUGUGGAGAUGUUGUAGAGGCAAAGACUGGUGCAUAUUAUAGACAAGGAUCAGGCCUAAUCUGGAUGGAUAAUGUGUACUGUUAUGGGAAUGAGUCUACUCUAAGUAGCUGUGGAUCACACGGAUGGGGAAUUAACUUAUGUGGGCACCAAAAGGACGCUGGAGUCAUCUGUCAAUCUCAUGCAAGGUUGGUAAAUGGCAGUAACACUUGUUCUGGAAGAGUGGAGGUUCUCAAUGAUGGUCAGUGGGGAACAGUGUGUGAUAAUGGCUGGGAUCUAUCAGAUGCUGCAGUGGUGUGUAGAGAACUGGGCUGUGGAGAUGUUAUAGAGUCAAAGACUGGUGCUUAUUUCGGACAGGGAUCAGGACCAAUAUGGAUGCAAGAUGUUAACUGUAGCAGCAAUGAGUCUACACUGAAGAACUGCAAAUAUACAAGAUGGGGUACAUCCAUGUGUCGGCAUGAAAAAGAUGCUGGUGUUAUUUGUGGAGGUAUAGUCCGACUGGCCAACAGUAACGGCUCGUGUUCUGGUACAGUGGAGGUUCUUCAUGAUGGUCAGUGGGGAACAGUGUGUGAUAAUGGCUGGGAUAUAUCAGAUGCUGCAGUAGUGUGUAGAGAGAUGGGCUGUGGAGAUGUUAUAGAGGCAAAGACUGGUGCUUAUUUUGAUCAGGGAUCAGGACCAGUAUGGAUGAAUAAUUUAAACUGUAAUGGAACAGAAACUACACUGAAGAACUGCGUAUCAGAUGGAUGGGGAAUCCACAGCUGUGGGCAUGAAAGGGAUGCUGGGGUUUUCUGUCAACAGACCAGGCUGGUAAAUGGAAAUAAUUGUUCUGGGAGAGUGGAGGUUUUUCACAAUGAUCAGUGGGGAACAGUGUGUGAUAAUGGCUGGGAUCUAUCAGAUGCUGCAGUGGUGUGUAGAGAGAUGGGCUGCGGGGAUGUUUUAGAGGCAAAGACAGGUGCUUAUUUUGGGCAGGGGACAGGGAUGAUAUGGCUCGGCAAUGUAAACUGUCAUGGGACAGAGUCUACACUGAGAAGCUGUUCAUCAAAUGGAUGGGCAAUACAAAACUGUGGGCAUGAAAAAGAUGCUGCCAUUGUCUGUCGUGAGAUUAGACUGGUGAAUAGUAACAGACGGUGUUCUGGAAGAGUGGAGGUUCUCCAUAAUGGUCAGUGGGGAACAGUGUGUAGUGACGGCUGGGAUCUAUCAGAUGCUGAAGUGGUGUGUAGAGAGAUGGAUUGUGGAAAUGCUAUUGAGACAAAAAGUGUUGCUUAUUUUGGACAGGGAUCCGGACCAAUAUGGAUGGAUGAUGUAAUCUGUCACGGGAGGGAAUCCAAACUAAUGAGCUGUAGAUCAAAUGGAUGGGGAAUACACAACUGUGGGCAUGAAAAAGAUGCAGGAGUCAUUUGUGAAAAGAGCAGAAAAAAACAAGUGGUGAGACUUCAGUUUACGGUUGAUCCUAACAUUGUCCCAAAUAUUAAAAAUAAUGAGGUGAAGAUUUUGGAUGAGAUCAGGCAGAAAUUAAAAGAAGUGGGAAAUAUUACCCUACAAUGGAAGAUGCAAUCUAAUGGAGAAGUGUUUCAGAGAAACAUAAAAAAGGAUACAAAUUCACCAGAUUGCAAGAAAUACCAGUCAAGUUGGUACAUGGAUUCAACACUUCUGGGAAGAGUUGAGGUUCUCCAUAAUGGUCAGUGGGGAACAGUGUGUGAUAAUGGCUGGGCUCUAUCAGAUGCUGCAGUGGUGUGUAGAGAACUGGGUUGUGGGAUUGUUACAGAGACAAAGAGUGGAGCUUAUUUUGGACAAGUUAAAGAACAAAUAUGGAUGGAUGAUGUAAAAUGUAAUGGGACUGAAUCUACUCUAAUGAGCUAUAGAUCAAAUGGAUGGGGUGACCACAAUUGUGGGCAUGAAAAAGAUGCUGGUGUCAUCUGUGGAGUCCUGAAGGAAGGAGUUGACAGAACCAUCUUAACUGCCAAUAUGCUCUGGUCCGUGCAACUCUUUCUGCUUCUAGGUUUUACAACCACCACUACUAGAGCUAAAAUCAGGUUAGUUAAUGGCAAAAACAAAUGUUCCGGAAGAGUAGAGGUUCUUCAUAAUCAAAUAUGGGGAACAGUGUGUGAUGAUGGCUGGGGUCUAUCAGAUGCUGCAGUGGUGUGUAGAGAGAUGGGCUGUGGAGAUGUUAUAGAGGCAAAGACUGGUGCUUAUUUUGGACAAGGUUCAGGACAAAUAUGGAUGGAUGACGUAGGGUGUUAUGGGACGGAAUCUACCCUAAAGAGAUGUAGAUCAUGUGGAUGGGGAAAACAUGACUGUUUUCAUUAUGAGGAUGCUGGAGUCAUAUGUCAAUCUGUCAAGUUGGUAAAUGGGUUUAACAUUUGUUCUGGAAGAGUCGAGGUUCUUCAUAAUGGUCAGUGGGGAACAGUGUGUGAUAAUGGCUGGGAUCUAUCGGAUGCUGCAGUGGUGUGUAGAGAGAUGGGCUGUGGAGAUGUUAUAGAGGCAAAGAGUGGUGCUUAUUUUGGACAAGGUGCAGGACAAAUAUGGAUGGAUGAUGUAAACUGCUUUGGGACUGAAUCUACUCUAAAGGGCUGUAGAUCAAAUGGAUGGAGAGUCCAAAACUGUGGACAUGAAAAAGAUGCUGGUGUCAUUUGUAGAGGCAACAUCCGACUGCUGAAUGGUACUAAUAAAUGUUCUGGGAGAGUGGAGGUUUUCUAUUAUGGCAUAUGGGAAACAGUGUGUGAUGAUGGCUGGGAUCUGUCAGAUGCUGCAGUGGUGUGUAGAGAGAUGGGCUGUGGAGAUGUUAUAGAGGCAAAGACUGGUGCUUAUUUUGGACAAGGUUCAGGAUUAUUGAGAAUAAAUAAUGUACAUUGUACUGGGAGUGAAUCUACCCUGAAACAAUGUGCAUCAGAUAUGUUUGUGUACUAUAAUUUGAAGGAUGCUGGAGUUGUCUGUCAAUCUGUCAAGUUGGUGAAUGGCAAUAACUCUUGCUCUGGAAGAGUGGAGGUCCUCUAUAAUGGUCAGUGGGGAACAGUGUGUGAUGACGACUGGGAUAUAUCAGAUGCUGCUGUGGUGUGUAGAGAACUGGGCUGUGGAGAUGUUAUAGAGGCAAAGACUGGAUCUUAUUUUGGUCAUGGAUCAGGACCAAUAUGGAUUAAUAAUAUAAACUGUAAUGGAACAGAGUCUACUCUUAAAAAUUGUAUUUCAAAUGGACGGGUAAUGCAAAACUGCGAACAUAAAAAAGAGGCUGUUGUUAUCUGUGAAGGCAAAGUUCGAUUGGUGAAUGGCAAUAACGCUUGCUCUGGAAGAGUCGAGGUUCUUCAUAAUGGUGAGUGGGGAACAGUGUGUGAUGACGACUGGGAUAUAUCAGAUGCUGCUGUGGUGUGUAGAGAGAUUGGCUGUGGAGAUGUUAUAGAGGCAAUGACUGGAUCUUAUUUUGGUCAUGGAUCAGGACCAAUAUGGAUUAAUAAUAUAAACUGUAAUGGAACAGAGUCUACUCUUAAAAAUUGUAUUUCAAAUGGACGGGUAAUGCAAAACUGCGAACAUAAAAAAGAGGCUGUUGUUAUCUGUGAAGGCAAAGUUCGAUUGGUGAAUGGCAAUAACGCUUGCUCUGGACGAGUGGAGGUUCUUCAUGAUGGUCAGUGGGGAACAGUGUGUGAUGACGACUGGGAUAUAUCAGAUGCUGCAGUGGUGUGUAGAGAGAUGGGCUGUGGAGAUGUUAUAGAGGCAAUGACUGGAUCUUAUUUUGGUCAUGGAUCAGGACCAAUAUGGAUGAGUAAUGUAAAUUGUAGUAGGAGUGAGUCUACACUGAAUGACUGCAAAGUAACUGGAUGGGGAACUCACAACUGUGGGCAUGAGAAGGAUGCUGGUGUUAUUUGUGGAGAAACUGGAAGUUUAAAUAUGAAUGAUGGAGUAGUAAUGGACACAUGGGCGGAAGAUGACGGACUUAAAGAUCACUUUAACUUUAUCAAUGAUUCAAAAAGCUGGAUUGAUGCACUGCAGUACUGCAAAACUCACCACCAGACUUUGGUGCACAUUUUAAAUGACACGGUACAAAAAUACAUCACUCAGAUGCUGCAGGAUAAAGAAAUCACCAAAGGAGUGUGGAUAGGGCUUGAAAGAAAUAUGCUCUUCACUUGCUCCCCCUGGCUGUGGACCGGUGGGCCAUAUGUGGACUUUGCAUUGUGGCACAGCACCUUUCCAGUGGACCCAAUGAACAGGUUUUGUGGAACACUGCUUAAGAAUGAUGAUAAUACAUUUGGAUGGGUGGAUGCUUGUUGUCAUGAGUACCUCCCUUUCAUCUGUCAGGGAUGAAACACUAGAUGAAGCUACUUUAUACUUUGGAGUCUGUGGCUGGUCAUCACAGAAAAGGAGAAGGUUCAGAUGCCCUGCCUCUGCUUAAAUUUGUAUGUAAACAAAAUACAUAAAUAAUAUUAAAACAUUGCAUAAUAUAACAGUAUAGACAUAUAUGCAAUCUAUGGUGUGGAUGUGUAACAGAUUAAAUUACUUGCUUUACAAAAUCAUAAUUAAUUAGGUCUACUUUUUGCAAUGGUAGUUUUUAUAUAGUACAUCUUUAUUAUGCCUGUGUUCCUUUGGAUUGCAUUGCA